CAUAUAUAAAUGAAAACAUCUCUAGAAAGCUUUAAUAUUUCUCUACUAAAGGCCUUUAAUAGAGAAAUAAAAGGUCAAAAUGGUGAAUGUGGUUAACGCUGAAAAAAAUCAAGGUUGGAAAAAUGAGCAGGAAAAGACAUGGCCACAAAUUUAUGCUGUAUUAAUAAGUACAAUGGCCGGUAUCGCCAACGGGCAAUUUUACGCAUGGGCAUCUCCAUUUAUGGUACAAAUAAUUAACGACAAAGUGAAUUACAACAUCACAGAAGAACAAGCAUCGUAUUUUAAUACGAUAAAUCCAAUAUUCACCGUUCUCAUGUCCCCCUUGUGUUCUACACUAACCGAUAAUCUAGGUCGUAAGAAAACAAUCCUUUUGAUCGCAGUACCGCAGAUAUCCAGUUGGGUCUGCGCAGCAUUAGCCACGGAUGUUUAUCUAUUCUAUGUAUCACGAGCCUUUGCGGGAAUUGCCGAUGCAAUGUUCUUUGCAGCUCUACCUCCUUAUGUCGGAGAAAUAACAACACCUGCAGUAAGAGGCAAGUGGGGAAAUCUUCUUGCAGGAUCUUACUACAUAGGAGAGUUUUCAAUUAACGUAAUAGGCAGUUAUUUUGGGGUCGUAACAAGUUCUUACAUAUGUUUGCCAUUGCCUAUUAUAUUCUUCAUUUUGUUUUCAAUGAUUCCCGAAUCUCCUUAUUAUUAUUUAAUCAAGGGAAACGAAGAAGAAGCAAAAAAGUCUUUAAUAUAUUUCAGAGGAGAUAAGAACAUUGAUCAAUAUUUAAAUCAACUAAAGAACGAUGUUGAGCGCCAAAUGUCAGAAUCAGGAACAUGGGGAGACUUGUUUAAAAUUAAAAGUAAUAGAAAAGCUUUGUUCGCAGCAGUUUUUUUACGUUUUACACAACAUGCGUGUGGGCUUGGUAUUUUAAUAACAUUUACACAAUUUAUUUUCCAAAAAUCUGGAGGAAACUUAAGCCAUGAAUUGUCUUCUAUAAUAUACACAGGCGUCCAGAUGAUUUUGAACUUUAUCGUUCUGACGUUUAUUAUGCAGCGAUUUGGACGGAGAGGCUGCUAUAUGACAAGCACUGGUGUUAAUGGUAUAGUACUAUUUUUCAUGGCAACUUAUUUUUACCUCAACGAUUAUACUAACAUCGACGUUUCGAGUUUCAACUGGUUUCCAGUCGCCAGCACGGUUGUAUAUCAAAUAUUUGCUUCAUUUGGCUUAAACGUCAUUCCUACUCUUAUGAUGAGUGAACUCUUCUCAGUCAGUAUUAAAACCAAAGCAAUAGUCUUGGCUGUUUUAAUGUUUGGAGCAGCUGGCGCCCUUAUCAACUAUUUGUUUUAUUUAAUAAACACCAGUGUUGGAUUUUUUGCACCAUUCUACUUGUUUGCCUUUUGUAAUAUUGUAACUGCAAUAAUAACAUAUUUUAUACUACCAGAAACACGGGACAAGACGCUAGAAGAUAUUCAGCAGGCGUUGAAGAACAAGAAAAUAUAUUAGAAUAGGUAUUACUAUCGACAUUAGGAUAUUUUUAGUCUGUGAUAAAUUAUAAAGUUUAAUAAAUUAUUUAUGAAU